AUGGGGGCGGGGGGAGGAAGGCUUGUAGGGGAAGCAACUAAGAAGGAGACAGCCAAGAGCAAGGCUGUGGGUACCUACAGCUUUCACUUUGUCCUCCUCACCCCCAAGAUCCGGAGGGAGGGAGCUGCUUCCCUGUUCAUCAAAGCUGCCAGUCAGUCCUUUGGUUUCAUUACUGAAGCAAUAGAGAACCUGGAUUUUUUAUUUCUAUUAAAGGCAAUUGAGGACUUUUAUAAAGGUGAAGAUGGGGAAAGUCUGGAAAUCCUCUGUCCAGUUGAAGAUCAAGCCUGUGUAGCUAAAUUUGAAGAUGGAGUUUGGUACCGAGCCAAAGUCACUGGAUUGCCUGGACAUCGGGAAGUUGAAGUUAAAUAUGUGGACUUUGGAAACACUGCAAAAAUAACACUUAAAGAAAUGCGUAAAAUAAAGGAUGAGUUUUUGAGUCCCCCAGAGAAGGCGAUUAAAUGUAAGCUGGCAUAUAUUGAACCAUGUGAAGGAACAAUGCAGUGGUCCAAAAAAGCUAAAGAAAAAUUUGAAGAAAAGACUCAAGAUAAAUUUAUGACAUGUUCAGUUAUUAAAACUCUGGAAGACAAUGUACUGUUGGUAGAGCUUUUCAAUUCUCAUGGCAGUCCUGGAAUGACUCCUACUAGUAUUAAUGACCAGCUUGUCAAAGAAGGCCUAGCAGCUUAUGAAGUAGGAUACACCCUCAAAGAUAAUUCUAAAAAACAUGUUGAAGUAUGGGACCCUUCUCCAGAAGAAAUUAUUUCUGAUGAAGCAAACAACCUGAGUCCUGUGUCUGUAAAAUCUCUACCUAAUGAGAAUUUCCAGUCAUUUUAUAAUAAGGAGCUGCCUGUGCAUAUCUGUAAUGUAGUAUCUCCUGAAAAGAUUUAUGUUCAAUGGUUAUUAACAGAAAACUUACUUAAUAGCUUAGAAGAAAAGAUGAUAGCUGCUUAUGAAAACUCACAGUGGGAACCUAUUAAAUGGGAAAAUGACAUGCACUGUGCUGUUAAGGUCCCAGAUAAAAAUCAGUGGCGGAGAGGCCAGAUCGUCAAAAUGGUUACAGACACAUUGGUAGAGGUCUUGCUGUAUGAUGUGGGUGUUGAACUAGUAGUGAAUAUUAACUGUUUAAGAGAACUUCGAGAAAAUCUAAAGACAAUGGGAAGAUUAUCUUUGGAAUGCUCUCUUGUUGAUAUAAGACCAACUGGUGGGAGUGACAAGUGGACAGCAACAGCUUGUGACUGUCUUUCAUUAUACCUCACUGGAGCCAUAGCAACUAUAAUCUUACAGGAAAACAACACAACAUGGCCAUUACCCGUGAAAAUCUUCUGCAGAGACGAAAAAGGAGACCGUGUUGAUGUUUCUAAUUAUUUGAUUAAAAAAGGUUUGGCUUUGAGAGAAAGAAGGUUUAAUAAAUCAGAUAGUAGCCAUUUAUCAGAGAAGUGUCUGGAGCAAGGAGAUUCAACCAUUACUGAGGGUAUUAAAAUUCACCCUGCCCCUGACAGAAAGGCUACUGAUAAAGUCAGUGAACACAAAAUGUCUGGAUUGAAGGAGAGAACUUCAGAAACGAGGACCACUGGGUGCUAUAAGCCACCAGUUAUUCCUAAUAUGAAAGUAUUUGAGGCAAUAGUCAGCUGCAUUGGUGACGAUGGAACUAUAUUUGUAGUACCUAAAUUAUCAGAAUUUAAGCUAGUGAAAAUGAUGAAUGAAAUUCAAACUAAUUUAAAAUGCCUUGGUCUUCUGGAGCCUUAUUUCUGGAAAAAGGGAGAACCCUGUGCAGUCAGAGGAUCUGAUACCAUGUGGUAUCGAGGCAAAGUAAUGGAAGUUCUAGGUGGCACAAUCAGGGUACAAUAUUUAGAUCAUGGAUUCACUGAGAAGAUUCCACAGUGUCAUCUUUACCCUAUCUUGCUGUAUCCUGAUAUUCCCCAGUUUUGUAUUCCUUGUCAGCUCUAUCAUACUGUACCGGCUGGGAAGGUCUGGCAGCCAGACGCAAUAGAGCUGCUUCAGGAGCUGCUUCCAAAGAGAGAGGUGGAUGUUCACAUCAUGGAGUUGCCUAAAAAUCCUUGGGAGAAGUUGUCUAUUCAUCUCUAUUUUGAUGGAAUGUUGCUUUCUCAUUUUAUGGCACAUCAUAAAUAUUGUACUUUUGAACAUUCUGAGGAGAUAUUUAAAGAAAAACCAACAGAUUACAAUAAAAAGUAUGAAGAGGAAAAAUGGGAAAUAAGAUUUGAGGAAUUGCUUUUGUCUGAAACAGAGACUUCUGUUUUACCACCAUACUUGUCUUCAUUUCUGCCUCCCCCAGAAGAACUGUACGCCGUUCAAGUGAAGCAUGUUGUCUCACCCAAUGAAAUGUACAUUUGCCUUGAUGCUGUAGAAAAUUAUAAUCAACUGAAUCAUCACAGUGACACAGAUGACAGUGGAGUCAGCUGGGAAUUGGAAUCGGAGAGCCUUGAGGAAGCACUGCAGAGAUGUAAUAAGAAUGUUGAGUUGUUUCCUCCUCUGACAGAUUUUAGAACAGAAAUGCCUUGUCUUGCAGAAUAUGCUGAUGGCCUGUGGUAUAGAGCAAAGAUUGUUUCCAUUAAAGAAUUUAAUCCUUUAUGUGUUCUGGUACAGUUUGUUGACUAUGGAUCAACUGAAAAGCUUGCAGUAAACAGACUGCGUCAAAUUCCUCUUCAUCUUAUGCAGUAUCCAGCACGAGCCAUAAAGGUUCUCUUAGCAGGGUUUAAGCCUCCCUUAAAGGACUCAGGAAAGACAAGAAUACCGUAUUGUCCCAAGUGGAGCAUGGAGGCAUUGUGGACUAUGAUAGACUGUCUCCAAGGAAAACAACUUUAUGCUUCUUCCAUGGCUCAGGCACCAGAACAAAUAGUGACAUUAUAUGAAGAUGAACAGUACCCAGUUCAUAUGUCCUUAGUAGAAAUGGGGCUUGCAGACAAAGAUGAAUGA